CACUUUGUAUCUCUGUUCUAAACGUAGCUAUACGAAUGAAAAUGACUGAUUUUUGUACUCUGCACUAACUCAUUGACAUCUCAGCCUGUUGGGAGGAUAAAUGGGACCAAACGAUGGAAACAGUGCGAUAAUUUUAAUGCUCAAUGAGUGUAAAUCAGACACAGAGAUCUCUUGGCGUGUUUUUCUUUUCUCAGAUGGCAAACUUCUCUCAUCCGUGCGCGUCUCUGCUGUCAGCAGCUGGUGGUGCAUGAGGUCUCCAGUAAAUCGGCUGUGCGCUCAGAGCAGCCACACAGAUCAGUCCGGCUGGAGCGGGACGCGCGCUCUCCACUCGGAGCGACUCUUUUUUUUUCCUCCUUUCCUGUUCACGGAGGUUUUUCUGGUCUUUGUGGUUUGACAUAUGGCCGAGCUCAGGACCUGGCAAUGAAUAACACAACCGCCAGCCGGGAGGAGUUACCGGCGCACCGAGCUCUAACGGGCUGCGUCCUGGCGCUGCUCAUCGUUUGGACGCUUUUAGGCAACUUCACGGUGUGCGCAGCCGUUUUUAGCUACCGGCACCUGCGCGCCAAGGUAACCAACAUCUUCAUCGUGUCCUUGGCGCUGUCUGACCUCCUGGUCGCCGUACUGGUGAUGCCGUGGAAAGCUGUGGCUGAAGUGGCGGGCUUCUGGCCGUUUGGAGGAUUCUGUAAGACCUGGCUGGCCUGCGACAUCAUGUGCUCCACGGCCUCCAUCCUCAACCUGUGCGUCAUUAGUGUGGACCGAUACUGGGCCAUCUCCAGCCCUUUCCGCUAUGAGAGGUGUAUGAACAAGAAGGUGGCCUCUGUUAUGAUCGGCGUGACCUGGACAGUCUCCGUGGUCAUCUCCUUCGUCCCGGUGCAGCUGAACUGGCACCGGGCGGAGAUCGGUGAUCCGGUUUCGGAGGAUUUUACGCUUCACGGUAAGAGUGUUGAUGGGAGCUGUGACUCCAGCCUGAGCCGCACGUACGCCAUCUCAUCCUCCCUCAUCAGCUUCUACAUCCCCGUGGCCAUCAUGAUUGGCACAUACACCCGCAUCUACCGGAUAGCCCAGAUGCAGAUCCGGAUGAUAUCCUCCUUGGAGCGUGCGGCGGAGCACGCGCAGAGUUGCCGCUUGGAUGUACCUGAAGAGUUUUCUCACCUGUGCACGGAAAUCAGUGCCAACGCAUACGAGAAUCACACGCGUCUUCAUCCCGAUUCUCAGCGCUCUAAUCAGUCACACAGGGAGCUCAAAGUGUCCAUCAGAAAAGAGACCAAAGUCCUCAAAACCCUGAGCAUCAUCAUGGGUGUUUUUGUCUGCUGCUGGUUGCCAUUCUUUGUCCUGAACUGCGCUCUGCCUUUCUGUCCAGGACCAGAGUCCGCAGGGAUCCAGAGGGGCCCUUACUGCGUGAGCGAGAAAACCUUCGAUGUCUUCGUGUGGAUCGGCUGGAGCAACUCAUCCCUGAACCCGAUCAUCUACGCGUUCAACGCGGACUUCAGAGACGCCUUCUUGCGCUUGUUGCGCUGCCGCGGACGAGGCUGCUGCGCCGCGGUGAGCGCAGCGGUGGAGACCGCGAUGGCGAGCAACGAGGCCGGACACGUGAAGCAGGGCAGCCCGCCGAACGUGAAGCUGAGCGUGUCGUGCUCCGUGAAAACCCGGGGGAGUGAGGACAGCGGGAACACGACGGUGACUGUGUUGUGUCACAGGGGUACGACCUCGGAGCAGGUGACGGACACUGAGGAAAGUAAAGACAGACUGACGCAGAUACCAAUAGGCCUAUAAUUAAGACAAUGUAUGAAAUCCUAAACAGACUAUGCAAAGAACUGGACAGUGAGCACAUCAAACCCCAAAAAGAAGCAUUGAAUUUACACCCAAGGUCAGUCAAACAUCCAUGUGGACAAUAAAUGGAGGCACAAAAUAUCACACACA